AUUGAUAAUGCUGCUCUCACAACAGAUGACAACUCUCCGUUAUUAACGACAGAAACAUUCAUCUUAGUUUCUCCAUGGUUACUAAGCUCAGCUGUCUGAAUGAAGCUUCAGACAGAAUAACAAGGAGAGGAAAGAAAAACCUGUUACAGGUUUAAACAAAGCUUCUCACAGGAAGUCUAACAGGUUUUAGCUCCGCCCCUUCUCUGACUCAUCUGAGGGGAAACAGGAAGCAGCUUGUAAAACAGAGACGAUCAGAUUCACCGUCAGAACAAACUGACUACUUCAUCUGAGUAAAUCCAGCUGCAGGACAAAAAUAAAAACACGCAGAGAGGGAGGAAGCCUGACUGACUGAGUUUCAGCUUCACUCAGAGACAAGAUGGCUUCCAGAUCAGAGGAGGAUCUCUGCUGUCCGGUUUGUCAGGACGUCUUUAUAGAUCCAGUUGUUCUGUCAUGUAGCCACAGCUUCUGUAAGGAGUGUCUGAAGAACUGGUGGAGAGAGAAACCAGCAAGAGAGUGUCCAGUUUGCAGAAAAAGAUUCUCAAAAGCUGAACCAGCUUCUAACCUGGUUCUGAAGAGACUCUGUGAAUCAUUCCUACAGCAGAGAAACCAAAACGUUUCAGAGAGUCUCUGCAGUCUGCACUCUGAGAAACUCAAACUCUACUGUCUGGACCACCUGGAACCAAUUUGCUCCAUCUGCAGAGAUUCAAAAAAACACUCCAGCCACAGAUUCAGACCCAUCGAUGAAGCUGCUCAGGAUCACAGAGAGAAUCUGAAAACAUCUCUGGAACUUUUAAAGAAGAAACUGGAGCUGAAGAAGGAAGUUAAAGAGGAGUUUGAUCAGACAGCAGAACAUAUGAAGGUCCAGGCCCGACACACAGAGAGGCAGAUUGUUGAGCAGUUUCAGAAGCUUCAUCAGUUUCUAGCAGAGGAAGAGGAGGCCAGGCUGGCUGCACUGAGGGAGGAAGAGGAGCAGAAGAGAGGGAUGAUGAAGGAGAAGAUGGAGGCUCUGAGCAGAGAGAUAGCAGCUCUUUCAGACACAGUCAGAGCCACAGAGGAGGAGCUGAGAGCUGAAGACGUCUCAUUCCUGCACAACUACAAGGCUGCAGUGGAAAGAGUCCAGCGCUGCCCCCUGCUGGAGGAUCCACAGCUGCCCUCAGGAGCUCUGAUAGACCAGGCCAAACAUCUGGGCAACCUGGCCUUCAACAUCUGGAGCAACAUGAAGAACAUGGUGACCUACACUCCUCUGGUUCUGGACCCAAACACGGCUCAUCCAAAGCUCCUGCUGUCUGAUGAUCUGACCUUUGUGACAGCAGGACAGAGGCAGCAGCUGCCUGAUAAUCCGGAGCGGUUGGACGUUUGGUGGUCCGUUCUCGGCUCUCAGGGUUUUAACUCCGGGAUCCACAGCUGGGAUGUCGAUGUUGGAGACAGUGAGGUUUGGACUCUGGGUGUGUUAGCAGAAUCUGUCCACAGGAGGCGAAACAUUCAGUCUGGUUUAUGGGGAUUAACGUUAACAGAAGAUGGAUUAUCAGUUUGUUCUCCAGGCUCCUCCUCAGAUCUAUCAGCCCAGAAGAUGAUCCGGAGGAUCCGAGUGGAUCUGGACUGGGACGGAGGACAGCUGUCCUUCUCCGAUCCAGACACCAACACACACAUACACACCUUCACACACACCUUCACUGACCGGAUGUUUCCUUACAUUUACACUCUGGAUGAAGUAAAAAUCUCACAGAUGAAGAUCUGAGUGAGGACGGAGAAAACAAAGUCAGAGAUUUAAAAUCUGAUCAUCUGCUUGUUUCUGGUUUAAUGGUUCACUCAUCUCAGUAUUUUAAAAUGAGAAACUUAUCAGAUAAAUUUGGUUAAAUUCAUUUACAUACAAUGUAGUUUAUGUCCGUCUGGUCUACAUAUUCAGGAUAAAAUUUUAAUUUGAGUUAAAUAACUGGGCAAUUAUCAAAUAAACAACAUUAAAAAAUCAUCUGUUUUAUUGUAUUCAGGUGAAAUAAUGGAGGGAAUUAAAUAAACUUAUUAAUUUAACAGUCAAUAACUCAGAAAUCUGAUGUUUUAAACAGAAACGCGGCUGGAAACAAACUCCUGGUUAUAAACAAGCUUUUCUUCCAAACAUGUAAUAUGACAUAUUUUAACAAAAAAUGUAAUAACCAACAAUCUGUGUAUGAGAAAAAAGUUUUAUGAUCUUUAUGAAGUUUUGAACUGUUAAAUCUACUGACCGGUCAUAAAGAACAGAGCAGCCAUUUUCAUUUCACACCUUAAAUAUCAUCCGACUGUUCCCCAA